CAGCACCACUGAGGUCCUCGGCUGUCUCAGUUUGGUGACCUCCUAAAAUGAGCUUCAUGGACACGACCAUCUUGCUCUUCAGCCUCGUCCAAGGUGUCCUGUGUGCUGAGUGGUCAGUUCAGAUGCCUCAGAUAAUUAAAGCUGUGAGCAUGUCCUGUGUAGUCAUCCCCUGCACAUUUAGUGUCCCCGAUGGACAGACAGGUGGAGGGAGUCGGACAGCAGCGUCAUGGAUAAGAAACUCAACGCUUUGUACCUCAAGUGGUGACAAGAAAGGACAACUGCCGCUAGUUGAGGUGAUUGGUGACAUGUCAGCAAACAACUGCACGUCCAUCAUGAGAGAGACACGCAGAAGGCACUCCGACUUGUACUUCUUCAGGACUGAAUACUUUAACUACACCUACCCGACAGGGGUCUUCAUCAACAUCAGCGUCUCCCCAGACAAACCAGUCAUCUCCCCACUGGCUGAAGUGCAAGAGGGGACAUCAGUCAAUGUGACCUGCACUGUCCCCAUUCCGUGUCCCUCUGAGUCACCCAAGCUGAAGUGGCACAAUGUACUGAAUGGGACGGUGACACAAGAACAUGUGAUGAACGCAGACGGGACGGCGUCUCUGUCAUCAGUUCUGACAUUUGUGGCCUCACCUGAGCACCACAAGAGCAUCACAUGCAGUGUGGACUACGGGGGGAGAAAUCAAAGUAAGAGCAGCACAGUGAAAGUCCAGCGCAGGAUCACUGGUGAACAGGGACAUACGGCCUUGAAUGUGGUGAAAGGUGUGGGCCUGACGAUGGAAAUCCUUCUGGUGGUCACAGUCAGCAUUGUGGUGGACUGCAGUGGGCCAUUGAGGAUGUUCUUUUCGACAAACCAUGGAUGCUACGGAGUGCACUGGGGGUCACUCAACAUCCUAACAGUGACACAGCAAGCCAUAAGACAGGGCCUUAUUAAAAGAGACAGUCAAGUGCUGAGCCCCCCAACGCUUAUGAAGACAACAGCGGCCCCCAGCUAG